CGUCCGGUGGGGCGGGCGUCGAGCUCCGUGAGGCGCCGCCGCCGCCGCCGUUGCGUGAGGAGGAGGAAGGCCAAGAGGAGGAAGGCUGGUCGGCCGGCCGACCCACGAGAGAAGGGGGCGUCCGCGGCUGCGAGAGAGAGGGCGGGGUGGGUGUGCACGGGGCGGCGGCAGUCCCCGAUGGCGGCCGGCGGCUGACCCCGCCUCUCCGCCGGGCCUGUCCUCCUCCUCCUCCUCCCUUUCCGCCGGGAGGGCGGCAGGGCGCCUGAGGGGAGCGAUGUCGAACGCAGGAACCCGGAGGGCCGGAUCCAGUAUCAAAGUCCGCCUCACAGUGCUUUGUGCCAAGAACCUUGCAAAAAAAGAUUUCUUUAGGCUUCCUGACCCAUUUGCAAAGGUGGUGGUGGAUGGUUCUGGUCAGUGCCACUCGACUGACACUGUGAAGAACACACUAGAUCCCAAGUGGAACCAACACUAUGAUUUAUAUGUUGGGAAGUCAGAUUCUAUCACCAUCAGUGUCUGGAACCACAAGAAAAUUAACAAAAAGCAGGGAGCUGGCUUCCUGGGGUGUGUUCGGCUCCUUUCCAAUGCCAUCAGUAGGCUAAAAGAUACUGGAUACCAGCGUUUGGAUCUAUGCAAACUAAACCCCACAGAUACCGAUGCAGUACGAGGCCAGAUAGUGGUCAGCUUACAGACACGGGACAGGAUAGGCACAGGAGGGUCUGUGGUAGAUUGCAGGGGGCUGCUGGAGAAUGAAGGAACGGUGUAUGAAGACUCAGGACCUGGAAGGCCACUGAGCUGUUACAUGGAGGAGCCAGCUCCAUACACAGACAGCACUGGUGCUGCUGGCGGAGGGAAUUGCAGAUUUGUGGAAUCCCCCAGUCAGGACCAGACAUUGCAGGUGCAGCGAUUACGGACUCCUGAUGUGAGAGGCCACAUACAAACCCCCCAGAAUAGGCCACACGGUCAUCAGUCUCCAUCACCUGAUCUGCCUGAAGGCUAUGAACAAAGGACAACAGUACAGGGACAAGUUUACUUUUUACAUACACAAACUGGUGUUAGCACAUGGCAUGAUCCCAGGAUACCAAGAGACCUUAACAGUGUGAAUUGUGAUGAACUAGGACCUCUACCACCAGGUUGGGAAGUUAGAAGUACAGUGUCAGGAAGAAUAUAUUUUGUAGAUCAUAAUAACAGAACCACACAAUUCACAGACCCAAGACUGCAUCAUAUCAUGAAUCACCAAUGCCAACUAAAAGAACCCAACCAACCUUUGCCAGUGCCGAGUGAGGGAACAUUGGAAGACAGUGAGGAGUUGCCUGCCCAGAGAUAUGAGCGAGACUUGGUCCAGAAACUAAAGAUCCUCAGGCAUGAGCUUUCACUCCAGCAGCCUCAAGCUGGACACUGCCGCAUUGAAGUAUCGAGGGAAGAAAUAUUUGAGGAAUCAUAUCGGCAGAUAAUGAAAAUGAGGCCGAAAGAUCUGAAGAAGAGGCUGAUGGUAAAGUUUCGAGGAGAAGAAGGCUUGGAUUAUGGUGGAGUGGCAAGGGAGUGGUUGUAUCUACUGUGUCAUGAAAUGCUGAACCCUUAUUACGGACUUUUCCAGUACUCCACGGAUAACAUUUAUAUGCUGCAAAUAAAUCCAGACUCUUCUAUCAAUCCUGAUCAUCUGUCUUACUUCCACUUUGUUGGUCGGAUCAUGGGUCUGGCUGUGUUCCAUGGACACUACAUCAAUGGGGGUUUCACAGUUCCUUUCUACAAACAGCUGCUGGGUAAACCCAUCCAAUUAUCUGAUCUGGAAUCAGUUGAUCCAGAACUACACAAGAGUUUAGUUUGGAUUUUAGAAAAUGACAUCACUCCAGUUCUGGACCAUACUUUCUGCGUGGAGCACAGUGCUUUUGGCAGGAUUCUGCAACAUGAGCUCAAACCAAAUGGGAGAAAUGUUUCUGUAACAGAGGAGAACAAGAAAGAAUAUGUCAGGUUGUACGUUAACUGGCGGUUCAUGAGAGGAAUUGAGGCCCAGUUCCUGGCUCUUCAGAAAGGCUUUAAUGAACUUAUUCCUCAACACCUACUGAAGCCUUUUGACCAGAAGGAGCUUGAGCUCAUAAUAGGUGGCUUGGAUAAGAUUGAUUUGAGCGAUUGGAAGUCCAACACGCGACUGAAGCAUUGCACGGUGGACAGCAAUAUUGUCAAGUGGUUCUGGCAAGCAGUGGAAGCCUUUGAUGAGGAAAGAAGAGCGAGGCUGCUGCAGUUUGUGACGGGAUCCACGCGGGUUCCACUUCAGGGCUUCAAGGCUUUGCAAGGCUCUACAGGCGCUGCAGGACCCAGGCUCUUCACUAUCCAUUUGAUAGAUGCAAAUACGGACAACCUUCCGAAAGCUCAUACUUGCUUUAACAGAAUUGACAUUCCGCCUUAUGAGUCCUAUGAGAAGCUUUAUGAAAAGCUACUGACAGCUGUGGAAGAGACGUGUGGUUUUGCAGUGGAAUGAAUGGGCGACCAAAGGACACAGAGAUUGGCUCAUGGACCACCAAGUCAAAAGCUGUAAGAAGGAGAGCCUUGCUGUGAACUUCUCUUGUCCAAAGCAUUGGGAAGCUUGACAGCGGGGUUGCUGAGGCUGCUUCACCCCCUGUGGUGGGCGUGGGGGGGGCUUUUGUUAGGGGUUCCAACCAUACUUUUCUCCCUCUUGUUAAAAAUUCUCCCCCUUUUUUUUCAUGUCCCACAAAAGGAAGCCAGGUUCAGCAUUUGCUUUUGGUUACCCAAGAUACUCUACUAGACUCGUAACACAUAUUGUGAUAAGGUCAGUGACCUGUGGUCUUUUUUAUAGGAGUAUCAAACUGUAGUUGAGCAUCUUGAAAUUGGUUUGCCGAGGACUUUCGACUGGUAGGUGUAUCUGGAUGUUUUGUCUUAAUGCAGUCCUGAGCCCUUCUGGAGUCCCAGAAGCUAUGGAAAUGAGACUGGCACUGGAAUUCCAAAUUGCACAUUUCAGAAUUCCCUUUAGGGAACAGUUAGCAGAAAACAACUCUCUCUAGAUGUACACAGCUGAAGGUUAUUCCUUGAGAGGAAGCUCUGUGUGCAAGUGUGGUAGCUUGGCUUGGAGUCCAAGCCAGCUUGAAUUGGGAGGUAAGUUUUCAAUCUGGAUGCUUGUACCUGAGACAGGUUUGCUCUGUGGACUUGCUUCCCUUUAUGAUUGCUAGCUUAUGUUGGAGAAUGUGGCAAGGGGGAAUGGGUCAAAUUAUCAGCAAUCUGGAAAAGUUUUCUCCUGACAUUGUUUUCUCAGAUGCUUUCUUUCACUUGAAACUGCAGAAAUCCUUUUCAGCAAAAAUAGCUAAAAGCAAAGCUGAGGGGACCAAGUUCCAUUAUUGAGCCGGCAAUACUGGAAAAUGGUUGUUUUGAAAGAGGAAUAUCUAGGUUUUCGCCUACAGAGUAGCCUGCAGAGUGCUGCAUUCAGCUUCUCUACUCCCUGCUGUCAUAAAACUGACACUAAUAUUUGAGAUUGGCAUCAAGUCACUGGUUUCACAUGGCUUCCCAUAUGCAGGGAGAAUUAAUGCCGUCAAACAGGUUUUUUGCUUUGCACAGCAAGAAACAAUGCAGUAUUUUUAACAAAACAUUUUCUUGGCAAAAUGGCCCACUAAUCAAAUAUGAUUCAAUUCAUAAAAUACAACCAACCAACCAACAACAAAGAUGGAUCUUGGCAGUUGAUUUGGAUAAAAGUGUAUUAGGGUUCAACUGUGGCUCAAAUGGUUCUUUGGUCUACAAGGAAAUUUCUGUUGUCACAUUUUUAAAUUGUUUUAAUUUGAUAGCUUUAAACUGUGAUAGGACAAAAUUAAGUGAGAUACCUGUCAGUGUCCUAAAAUCUUCCUUUCCUGUUGUUGACUGUAACUUUUUGUGAUGGAAACAUGAGGAUUACAUUGGAGAAAGGAAUUAUUAUUAUUGUGAUUUUUGCACCAUGUGGCUAAAGUGUCGGGUUUUAAAGGUGAGUUAAGACUGAACUGAAAAUUUCCUUUGGAAUCCAGGCACACUUAACUUACGUUGUAAUCAGCCGGUCCGUUAUUUGGGAAGGGAGGUAUAUCAAGGGAGUUUGAGGGAUUUAGAAUUCAAAUCUUUUGUCAAGUGUCUUUGUAAUACUCUAAAUAAUCUCACGACCCUCCCUUUCCAAAUGUCUAUAGAGAUCACAUGUUCUCAUUAUCACAAAGUUUGUACAAAUCUUUUCAUGCAAAUCUGAGAUGCUGGAAGUAAAAAGUUUUUCCUUGAGCAGAGAGGCUGAACAGAUUGGCCAUGUGAGAUUAGCAACAGUUAGCACUGACGAUUGUUCAUCUGGAGGUGAAUCCUUAUGUUACUCUUGCCAUGUGGCAGCUUCCGUGUGGUUGGAGUCCAUACCGCACCACUAACAUUUGAAAUGGAGAUGUGAAUGAACAGGUGACGCACUUCAGAUGUGACAUCCACACUCUAAUGGUAGUAUGAGAAUUGGCCCCGAAUCAGUGUUCAGACUGCACGGUGUAGAUGGCUCCUCAGUGAUAACGGUGAAGAAGAUGGAGAAGGCCUGUCUCCAGAAUCUUCUUUGCAUUUCCCAUUUUGGGGUCUUAAAGAUUUUGUGUCACUGUUCCAAAAACAAGAUACCAAAUAGACAGUUUGCUGCAAUUCUGUACAUUGUAGCUUGAAGCAGGAUCAUCCGGGAUUGGAGGAAAAAUGCAAGCUUAGACCAAAGGUUUUUCCAGGUGCUGGCAAGAGCACCCUAGACCACUUCCUUCUGCUUAAGCUGAACAUUCCACAUCUGUUCCCCCAACAAGGAAGGUAUAAAAUAAGGAGGAAGAUGGGAUUAUUUUAUUGCUGCAAUCUGCUACGCUUGAACAUAGUCUCUGCUGAACGCUUUUUGGCAGGUAAACCAUCCAAAGAACCCACAGCAAACUUGAUGGCGUACAUUUUCCCUGUUGUGGUAUCUUGGCAGAUUAAUACUAUCUGGAGCAUGUUUGCAGCAAGCAAGUGGAAGUCUACCUUAAGGCAGAGAUGUGGGGAAGGGAGCAGGAAGCUUCCUCCUCCUCUGCAGCUGUCUUGCCUCCCCCGUACAGGAGAUGGCAAAACUGUUAUUUCGGUUGAGACAGAGGUGGAGGAACCAGAGCAAGGCCUUGUGCUUCUUGUCCUCUCAAGCAGCUUAUCACAUCCAAAGCCUCCUUUUAACCUAAAAUGGUCUUCAGUACCCUGUAGCAGUGCACUACUUUUACUGGUACUGGUGCAAAUCUUUUCUUGUUCUUUUGUUCACUUGCCCUGAAAUGCAUCAUCCUUCAUUUAUGCACUCAGGGAUGUAGGAAAUCACCACUCCUUUGGGGUUAUAAAUUGGAAAGGUAUGAGUGAGUAGCUUGAAGUCGAACCUUGAAUAUAUUGGAGCAACUUUUUGUUUUUAAAGAGGCCAUUUACCCAGCAUUGGGUGUGGUUUAUGAAACCUCAACUAUCACUCAAAAGCCUCUUUCCCCCACUCAGACUUCCUUAGCCAGCACCCGAUAUUCCACACUGUAGAGCACAGAAAUACAGUACAUAUUUGUUUUUACUCUGUUAACUUUUUUUGUUCCUCAACCACUUUAUAAUGUAUUUUUAACUUAUUAUUUUGUAAUGUCUUGUUUUUAAGUAUUGCUGCUAUUCCUUGUUACUCUUCUCACCAUUUUUAUUGCGAAUUUUAUUUUGUGAAAAAGUUGUACACUAAUGUUCUUCAUUUUAUGUCUAAAUCAAAGUAUUUAAAGAAAUACUAGUUCUAUUUAAUGUGGUGAUGGAGCCAGCUGGAAUAAACCGUGAUUGUAUAGCAGGCUGGGCCCAGGAGGUCAUGUUCAUUUUUGUUACAUAUGCAAUAAACUCUUGCAAAUUUAA